UCUCUCUCUCUCUCUCACAAUUACUCCAUGCUCUACAUUUGAUAAUUUGUUUCUCUUGAAUCUAGCAAACUUCCUUUUCGUCUCUUCUUCCUUCCUCUUCCAGUGUUCUUGUGCUUGAGGGAAAUGGGGGAUAUAUCGCUGCCUUUCAGCUUCAGAGGUUGCAUUAUAUUCUUCACGCUACAGUACACCACCGGCGAGUCUCUGGGCCGGCCGGCUGAGCUUCAAAUGUUUGCAUGUAUUUUUCUUCUCUCUUGCAGGCGAGUUGAUAAAAAAUCUGGAAGAAGACACUUUCUGGGCUGGUUCCAACACCGUUUACAAGCCAUGUUUCGGUACAAAGCGCAGAGGUGGACGUGUUGAUGAAGACGAACAUCAUCAAAGUCUUUGGAAAGAUGCCGUGAAUUUGGCAGGUCAGAAUGCGCUUUUUCUCCAAAGCCAUCAAACCUAGCUAGAUGCGUUCACGUUAGCGUCAGCGUUGAUAUGUUGCUCACACAGUCACACUCCGAGGUUUCGGUAUCUACUCUCUCCAUCCCUCACACAGUUGCACUCUCGAUCUCUCUCUCACGGAGUCAUAGUUAUCGCUCACGGCAUUCAGGCUCACCACAACAGUCACCCUCACGGCCCCACCCCUCGGCCUCGGCCCUCUUCUUCUUUGAGUUCGAGUACUCUCUCUCUCUCUCUCUCACGGUCAUGAACUCACAGCUCACCAGUGGCAGUCACCUUCACCCCUCGGCCUUCUUCUUCUUCUUCUUUGACGAGUUCGAGUCUCUCUCAGUCUCUCUCGCACUUUCGGUCGCUUGUUCUCAGUCUCUCUUAUUAGCUUCUUUUCUCCGCCUUGUGCCUGGGAGCAUAUGUUCGCUGUUGCUGUAGUCGUCACUUGUCAUUGGUCGUCCUUAGUCGCUGGGCAUCGCUAGCUGAUGGUCGUCUCUAGUCGCUGCUCAGCUCGCCAUCGUCACUCUAGCUUCGCCUUCAUCACUGCUUCUUCUUCCUUCUCUUUGUCGCUUCAGACUUGCAGAUCAUUUUUUUUUAGUAUAUAGAAAGAAUUUUUUUUGAAUAUAAUCAAGGAGUACUAUAAAUUUUUUACUUUUUAAUUUUAAAUUUAAUAUUUUUAGUCAAAAAAUAUAUACAAAAAAAUUUAUAUUUAUUUUUAUUAUUAAACAUUUUAACUAGCUUUUAAAUCAUAUCAAAUCAUUCAAGUAAAUUUUAAAUUAUUUAAUUAAUUUUUAAUAAAAAAUAUUUAAACAUAAAUCAUAUUAUAUUAAUCAUAUUAAUUAAUUUUUUUUAAUCUCAAUUUAUAAAUUUUAGUUGAAUUAUAAUUUCAGUUAUAAAUUUUUUAAUUGAAGCACACAUGUAAUAUCCGACGUGCUUCAAGUUACGUUGACCUGACGCAAGUAUCAGAUAACUACACUGGUCUCUUCACAGUGACUAUCUUCUGCGCAGCAGCCUAUGCCAUGGUAAGCUGCACGCGCGGCCCAUUCUUAGACAGACGCCAUCGUCCUCCUCCACCUCCACCUCUUCUCUUCCACCGUUUUGUCCAGAAUGGAGAAUCACCUGAAAAGUCUUUAAAAAAAAAUUCUUUGUAUAAAUUUUUUUUCGUUGCAAUUCUCCAUGUUCGCGUCACUAAAUUUUAAAGGCUCAAAUUUGUUUGUUUAUUUUUUUAUUAUUUAAUCCUCACUCCGUCCCAAAGAAAAUUAAAUAUACAUUAUAAUUUUAUUUUUAAAAAACAUAAAUACAAAUUUUAAAAACACCUUCAUUUAAUAUAAUUUUAUGCGUAAAAUAUUAAAUAUGCAGAAAAAAAUAAUGAGAAAAAAAUAAUAUUAAAAUAAGCAUAAUUAACGAAAUCUUAUUUUUAUUAAAUUAUUUUAUAUUUUAGUCUUUCAAAAAUGUCUUAUAUAUUAUAAAUUAAGUAAGAGAGAGUAAUAUAAAUAAUAAUUUUAUAAUACAGUAUAUUGAGUUAAAAUUUAAAGGUGGAAGAGGCAGGAGUUUGGAGCGGCCAGAGGAAAGCCAAGUCCAUGAAUAAGCUAUGCAUCAUAACUUUCACUGUGAUUAAUCAGAAUAAUUCAAUUUGAGAUGAAUCCAUAAGUCCCACCAUAGAAUCUCAGAAUCUGUAUAUCGACCUCUCUGGCUGAGUGCUGAGAAGUUUCUUGGAGGUCACAUACAAUGGGGCCCCAGAGCCUCACCCCACCUCUCCUCUCCCUGGUGCUAUCUCUGGUUCCCUACUCUCUGAUAAGAACACUUUACAUUUUUGGGAUCAUAUAUCUGAUAUAUUUACUUACAUGCCACUAAAAAUUUUAGGAAAGAUUCCCAAGUUAUGGUUUUAUGGUGGGAGUAGAGUUGUGUUUUAUAUUUUAGAAAAUUUGAAGAAAGUUGGAGGAAAGUUCCCUUUCUGCGUAAAAUGUCUCACGGUACAACCUAGAAGAUUGAAGCUCCCUCUCCCUUGGUAGUUUAUAUUUUCGCUAGUAGAAAUGUGCAAAGAGUAAAGUUCUUACAUUCAUUCACCGGGAAGAUCUAUGAAAUAGUUCAUUGGCCGGGAAGCAUUGUCCCCAGCUUUUUCCUCCUCCGUUGUUCAUAUCUAAUCCCUCUUCUGAGCGUUGCUAAAUCGUCUUUUAAUAAAAGGCAUUCGCCGGGGGAAAAAACAAAGAGAGAAUUUUUUGUCUGGAAGCGAUGAACUGGGGGUGGCGCCACUUUCUCGCCUGGCUCCGCAAAGGGUUUGUCCUCUCCAAGACUGUCAUCUUCAUCUUGGGUUUAGUCUUGAGCCAUGCUUUUGUAAACAAGGGAGUGGUGGACGUUUUGGCUGACUUCCUUGAAUAUGAAAAUUAUAGUCUAUGGAAAGCUACAAUGCUCGUGAAUUUGCUUGAUGUGAUGUCAGCUGUGUUCAAACUUGUUGUGAUACACGUAUCAGUGGCCUACGCAGGUCGCUUCAAGGUCAUUAUCUUCUGCACCGCAGCCUAUACUAUGGGAUUGGUGCUACUAUGUGUUCGCGCCUUCACUUCGCAGUAUAUCGUUCCGACGAUUUUCAUAUUAGCACUUAUUGCAUUAGGCAAAGCCGGAAAAGAUCCAACUUUAAGAGAUUUUUUUGAUUAUCAACUAAGUAAAGCGAAGAAAAAAUGUACCGAGAAUCCCGUGGAAAGAUCAGAAUCAGAUAACAACGGCAGCGGAACUACCAAUCAUUGGUGGUCUACUGCUCCAAUUAUUGGCUCCGUUCUAGCCGUCUUCUGCCUAGGCCCAGCUUCUUGGACCGAAACUUUCCAAUUUUCGUCUUGUGUUAUGGGAGCUGCAUGCUUAUUAUUUAUUCUUGGCAUUUUCUGCUAUUAUCCUGAAGAAAAACCCUCUGGAAGCCCUCUCACUAACAUAUAUAGGGUCUUGAAGGAAGCUAUUAAGAAGCGAGGAUUGCCAUAUCCGUCCUCAAAACAAGGUUAUAAACAUGAAGGUUCCGAUGACUUAGAAGAUCCCUUUUAUCAGACAGUAAUUGGUGAGGUUCGCUUGUUGCCUCGUGACCCAUCAUUUUUGUCGAUGUUGGACAAGGCCGCUAUUAAGAACAACUCCGAACAGGGGGAUUGUACUUGUACGGCUGAGCAAGUGAGGGAUGUGAAGAGCCUUUAUCCCACUGUACCCUUGGGGCUCUUCACCUUCUUCGCUUACAGUUGGUGUCUGCAUCUGGCAACACUUACUUUGUUCUGCAAACAACCAACUUGGAUCCUUAUGUUGGGAGUUUAUAUGUUCCUAUCAUGGUUUUCUCGGCACUUCAAUCUUCGGUUGCUAUUGGGGUUAGAGUUAUAAUCGAAUCAUCAGGAAUAAAGGAAAAGGUGAAACCGAUUGGGAGUAUGGCUGUUGGCAUGUCGUUUUCAGGAGUUUGCUGUUUCGUGGCUUGGCUAGUAGAACGUGAAAGGCUUUCUCGGGUUAGGUUUCUAAGCGACCAAGAUGAGGGAAUUAUUUCCCUAAGCAUCAUGGUUUUAACUCCUCAGUUUUUGUUGCUAGGGCUAAUGAAAGGAUUUGCAGAAGGUGGACUAGAGAUUUUCUUGUGUGAUCGGGUGAAAUCUGAGUCAAUGAAAAACAUUGUGGAGCCGUGCAUUGAAAUGGUGCUGGGGAUUGGAAAAUUGUCCAGCAUUCUAUUUGCAUUCAUUUUUCGUAGCUGGAUUAAGGAUAAGAUGAACGAUAGUCACCUGGACAGGUAUUAUCUGGUGCUGGCAUCACUGAGCUUCAUGUUCCUUGGGAUUUAUGUGUGCUAUGCCAAGUUCAAGCUCCAGAAACCCCAAUGUGUAGAACCAGAAAGGGUGGAUGAAUUGGAAGCUGUCCAGGUGGAUGCUGGUGGUCCCGUUAUAAGUUCAGCUGUGUAAUAACGUGUAGUAGUAUAAUAUAAUUAAGUUUCUAUAUGUUAUAGCUGCUCAUUCAUUCUUUUCAUUGUUUUCAUUCUAGUUGUUGGAAUAUUUUAUGAAUUAUGGAUUGCAUUAUUUAACUA